AAAACGUACAAUGUUUCCCCUAUAGUCUGUAUAGAGUAUUUCUAUAAAACGUCCAAAAUGUCAGGUCGCGGCAAAGGCAAAGCUAAGGGCACCAAGUCCAAGACUCGUUCAUCCCGUGCAGGGCUCCAGUUCCCCGUCGGUCGUAUCCACCGUCAUCUGCGCAAAGGCAACUACGCCGAGCGUGUUGGUGCUGGCGCUCCGGUCUACAUGGCCGCCGUGCUCGAGUACCUGAGCGCUGAGAUCCUCGAGUUGGCCGGCAACGCUGCCCGCGACAACAAGAAGACCAGGAUCAUCCCCCGUCACUUGCAGUUGGCUGUCAGGAACGACGAGGAGUUGAACAGGCUGCUCCACGGUGUCACCAUCGCUCAGGGUGGUGUGCUGCCCAACAUCCAGGCCGUGCUUCUGCCCAAGAAGACCGAGAAGAAGGCCAAGGCAUAAGCAGUUUCUGAUA